GCGGCUCCUGGCCGUUCUCUUUCCUGGAUGGCCCUCCCCGAGCGCCCUCAUGUUCCUGACGCUGCUCGGUGUUGCCCUGCUGGCUGGUUAUUUACCAGGUCGGCGUCAUCCCCAGCCAGUACUAUGAGGUCCUAGGGAACAAGGACUUCUCCGGGUUCAAAACAUUGACUGCUCUUGCCGUGACUCUGAUCAUUGUGAACUCCACGGUAAGACCAGAGCUUCACGUGUCUUGGGAGAGGAAGGGAAAGCUGCCCAUACCUUCUAGCAUGAUCCUGGUCACAAACGAUUCAAGUCUGCCCAUGCCCUGAAUCACUAGUACAAACUGCUAGUUUUUAUUUCAUUUUGAAAAAAUGUUUGUUCUCAUUUAUCUCUCCCCAUCCGUCUCUUUGCCCUUGUUCCAGCUAAAAAGUUUCGACCAGUUUAUCUGCAACAUGAUGUAUGUGAACUGGAGGAAAUCCCUCACUGAAUACCUCCACAGCUGCUACUUCCAAGGCCAGGUCUACUACAGCCUGCACGUGCUGCGUGAGGACAUCGAUAACCCGGACCAGCGCAUCAGCCAGGAUGUGGAGAGGUUCUGCAGGCAGCUCAGCUCCAUGGCCAGCAAGCUCGUCAUCUCACCCUUCACACUGGCCUACUACACAUACCAGUGCUUUCACAGCACAGGCUGGCUAGGCCCAGUGAGCAUUUUUGGGUAUUUCAUCAUUGGGACAAUGAUUAACAAAGUGUUGAUGAGCCCAAUUGUGUUUAAACUUGUGCAGCAGGAAAAACUGGAGGGAGAUUUCAGGUUCAAGCACAUGCAGAUUCGUGUCAAUGCAGAACCAGCUGCUUUCUACAGGGCUGGGCGAGUGGAGCACAUGCGCACAGACCGGAGGCUGCAGAGCCUGCUGAAGACCCAGAAGGAGCUGAUAGGCAAGGAGCUGUGGCUAUACAUUGGGAUCAACACAUUUGAUUAUCUGGGCAGCAUCCUGAGCUACGUGGUCAUUGCCAUUCCCAUCUUUUCUGGGGUCUACGGUGACCUGAGUCCAACAGAGCUCAGUGCCCUUGUCAGCAAGAAUGCCUUUGUUUCCAUCUACCUCAUUGGCUGCUUCAGCCAGCUCAUAGAUCUCUCCAGCACUGUGACUGAUGUAGCUGGCUACACACACAGGAUUGGUGAACUGCAGGAGACCUUGCUGAGCCUUGGCAGAAAAAAAAAUGGUAACUACUCAGAAGCCAAAACCAGUUGGGAUUUGGACAGCAGCCCUUCUGGGGAGGACCCAGUACCAAGGGACACAGCUUUCCUUCUGGAGCAAGUGACACUCUCAGUACCAUCCUCUGGCAAGCUGCUCAUCAAGGACCUGAGCCUCAGGAUCUCACAAGGAAACAGUGUGAUGAUUGUGGGAAACACUGGUACAGGGAAGACAUCUCUCCUGAGGGUCCUUGGAGGACUCUGGGAGAGCACACGGGGGAGCAUCAGGAUGCUGACCAGCUUUGGCCCCCGAGGAGUGGUGUUCCUACCACAGCGGCCCUUCUUCACUGAUGGAAGCCUGCGUGAGCAGGUGAUCUAUCCCCUAAAGGAGAUCUAUCCACUUUCAGGGUCUGCAGAUGAUGAGAGGAUUGUGCGAUUCCUGGAGCUGGCUGGGCUGACUGAUUUGCUGGCAAGGGCUGGAGGACUGGAUGAACAGGUGGACUGGAACUGGUAUGACAUCCUGUCCCCAGGGGAGAUGCAGAGGCUCUCAUUUGCACGGCUCUUCUAUCUCCAGCCAAAAUAUGCAGUGUUAGAUGAAGCCACCAGUGCCUUGACAGAAGAGGUGGAGCAUGAACUGUACCAAAUGUGCCUUCACCUGGGCAUGACACUGAUCAGUGUGGGACACAGACCCAGCCUGGAAAAGUUCCACAGCUGGAUUUUGAAACUUCAUGGGGAGGGAAGAUGGGAGCUCACUCGAUGUGAGAAGAUGAAGCGGCUCCCCUCUGAGGAAGGACACUGAAAACAUGCCCUUAUCUGCCACAGAACCUGCACAUGUGUGCAAGAGCUCUCAAUAGCAGACAUGGAGCUGCCAAGCCAGCACCUGUGUCAAACAGUGCAAGACCAGUUCUGGAUUUUGCUGAUAGACACAGAGUAUGUAUGAAGUCAUGGUGUGGAGUUCUGCCAAGAGUAGACACAACUCUGCCCUCCUUCUCCCAGCCUCCUUCUGGCUCCCCGGCUCUCAUGGGUGAAAGAAGCUAAGCUGCUAUGCCUCUCUGAGAGAAGAUGCUGCCUCAUGGAACUUGUAGAAACAGUAGCCAGAGAACCCUCCACUUUCUCCGGCAUACAUUGGUGUGAGGCUAGAAUGCAGCCUCCUUUUCUGUCCUCUGUGCCUUACUAGGAGCUCUGCAGAACAGCUUUAUGUACCUUGUGGCUCUGAUGAGAAUUGUGUUUUCUAGCAGGAGACAAGGGGGGAAGAAUGCUAGCACAGAGAAGGGGCAUGUCUCUGCCCUUCUUACAACACACACCUAAAAGUGAAAGGAACAUUUUUGUAUUAAAAUCUGGGGCAGGUUUUCAAACUGUUUUUAA